GUCCUCCGUUCAAUAAACACACGACCCAAGUGCGGAAACGCAAGUCAUCCAGCUGAUUUACGGUUAUCGUUAUCCUAUUCCGAGUAAUUGCAUUACCAAGAGAUAUUGCCCUCAUUUUCCCAGCAUGCCUUCUUAUCCUUACAAUGAAGGUCCUCCCAGCACUGCUUUCAUGAUCACCUUCUUUGGUAUGCCCUCGCUCACUAUUCUCCUCGGGCUACUUUUACUCCUCCAACCUUGGCUCUCCUCAAGCAGAGCACCAAAAGGCGUUCCUCCAGGUAGUGAGAAGGUCACUGAGCACCACAAGUCAUCGAAUCAGUCGCCCGUCCAAUUCCUCGUUUCUGGACCGGCGGCCGCUCUUCCAUCCCAGGUCGAUAUACCGGCCAUCAAGUUCCUCAACAAAGCCUUUGCCAUCGCGCAACUGGUCAGCUCUCAGCCAACCCCAAGACCUGACGGAACCUACGCCGUUGACCAUCGAUGGCAUGCACUGUCAUCUUCAAACAACCGACGAAUUGGCGAUCUUCGCGUCGAGCUGUGGGAUAGUCCCCUAGACGAUGACGCUCCAUCGUUAACGGGAAAGGGUCACCCCCCAAUAUUGACUCUCCAGAUGGACGGAUCCGCCAAUGAGAAGCAACAGCCCACGGACCUGACAGGGCUCUGGCUCGUUAUCGACUUUCCGUUCGCUUCUGAAUUCCAAUUCGAUCGACAUGGGUUCAACACGUUCAUCAAUAUAAUCAAAAGGAGGAUUGGGGAACGAAACUGGACCCAGGAGCUGAGAGAAUCCAUUGCCAUUCCACUUGAAACCUUAAACGAGGCGAGAGAAGAAGACUGGGUCCUCAUCCAAGGGAAAGAAUCGCGUGGAAGAGAUCUGUCACAAGUCAUUGGCAUCGAAGCUUUGGAGAAGCUAAAAUACGCCUUGGGAAUCAGCAAUCCGGUGUCCUUGUUCCAUGUGAUGGGGGAAUAGAGUAUGACAUUGGGCGGCUGCGGUGCUGAACACGACUCUACCCCUAUUCAUUCCUCUUUCGCUUCCUAGAUUUCUCAAUUCAACCUUGGAUCUGGUCAAUACUUGGCUGCGUGACUCGAUGUCUAUAAUGGCUACGGCCAUGGGGAGUGAUCUUAUUAAAGUUUUAAAAUCAUCACGCCCACUAUCGAUUACUUAAUCAAGUGCGUCUACGUACCGGUGACCAAAGAGGUAUAGCAUAUCCAACAAGGACAAAGACAACUUUGUGAGACGUGACAUGCUUGCGGCACCGAGGCGUUGAACUGAUCUAAUCCCAUACUUGCGAUUUUAUGACUACGAGCGGCCCCCCAAACAAGU